GACAACUUCGAUCGGCUUCUGCAUUCGUCUCUUCGCUCGGACUCAGGCUUCUUCCGCUGUCGAGGUUUUCUCUGUCCUCCACUUGUUUCUGAAUUUAGCCGUUCCUCGUUUGUUAAUCGUCGCACGUAUUUCGCCGUUUCUUAGCUCCGGAUGUGCAAACUGCCAGAACCUUUGAUUAUCUUCUUUCAGGAAUUUUCGUAACGUUAAAUGCUCGUUGAUUUUGUGCCGAUCUGACCAUUUUCUGCUCUUAGAAGAGCUUCGAUUGCCUGACAAGUUUCACUUUUUAGAGUCUCUUUCAUAUUUGUUAUGUUACUUUGUUCGUUUGCCCUUUUUAUCUGGGCUCAUACAUCUUUGCAAAUUGAUUUUGUGCCGAUCUGACCAUUUUCUACUCUUAGAAGUGCUCCGAUUGCCUGAGAAGUUCCACUUUUUAGAGUCUCUUUCAUUUUUGUUUUGUCACUUUGCUUUGCAAAUUGAUGGUUCAUGCCAUAACAUCGUGAAGUUCCCAAAGAAGGAAUUAGUCAAGAUUAAGACUCUAACCUUCGGUAAAACUUACGUUCAGCUUGCAGGGGAUGUCUGAAACUCUUCUUCUUCUUCUUCUUCUUCUUCUUCUUCUUCUUCUUCUUCUUCUUCUUCUUCUUUGGUUACUCAUUCAUCUCCUUCAGCCCUGGAGUGGAAGUACGGGAUCGGACGCAAUGCCUCUAUAUAACCCCGUAAAAUCUCCUCAUCUUUGUUGAAUGCCAACCCAACCCCAAUUUAUUUCUGAGGACUUCUAGAAGGACAAAGUGCAUUCCUUUCUCUUGUCUUUACAAAAUUUGUCCAAGAAGAUAUGGCAUCUUUCCCAAGGCCAGCAAACAAACAGAGGCAAUAUAAGUAUGAUGUUUUCCUGAGUUUUCAAGGUGAAGAUACUCGCAAAAACUUUGUUGACCAUCUGCAUGAUCAUCUACGGCGAAGAGGAAUCAUGGCCUUUCGAGAUGAUCACCACCGAGAUCUUCAGAGGGGAAAAUGUAUUAAACCAGAAAUAUUAAGGGCAAUAGAGCAAUCAAGACUUGUGCUUGUGAUAUUCUCUGAAAACUACUCUUCUUCUACUUGGUGCCUGGAAGAAGUUGCUAAGGCUAUGGAGUGUACAAAUAUCAAUGAAGGAUCCGUGAUACCAAUCUUCUACAAGGUCGAUCCAUCUGACAUACGGAAACUGAGGGGAAACUUUGGGAUAGGCUUUGCUAAAACUGAGGAAACUUAUUCGGGCGACAAAGGAGAUAUAAAGAGGUGGAAGGAUGCACUGAGAAAAGUAGCUGAUCUUGCCGGAAGAGAAUUGAAAGAUGGACAUAAGACACAGUUCAUUCGGCAAAUCAUUGGAGAAAUCGAAGAUAAACUAGGUCCCCAUCCAUCCUAUGUUGUAGGCAAUCUUGUGGGAAUGCAUUCCCGGGUUGCAAAAGUAGUAAAACUUUUAUGCUUGGGCGAGAGUGGUGCACGCAGUAUUGGUAUAUGGGGAAUGGCUGGUUCAGGCAAAACAACUGUUGCACGAGCAGUUACUGACGAAAUUUGCCGUCAAUUUGAUGAUGGUUGUAGUUUUCUCAACGAUGUCAAAGAAAAUUCAGAAAAGAAUGGUUUGAUAUAUCUACAACGCCGGUUUCUUGGUGAUAUUCUCCAAGAGGACAAUGUUGGAAUCAGGGAUGAUCAUAUAGGAGCCAACAUGAUAAAAAAACUAGUGCGAGAUAAAAAAGUCCUUCUUAUUCUUGAUGAUGUGGAUAAAAAUGAGCAGUUGGAAAAAUUAGUGGGAGAUCUCGAAUGGUUUGCACCAGGGAGUAGGAUCAUUAUAACAACUAGAGAUAAGCAUUUGCUUAUCAAAUAUGGAGUAAAUCAUAUAUAAAGCGGAGGAAUUAUCCUUUGAUGAGGCUCUCCAACUAUUUUCUUGGAAAGCUUUUAGAAGUAACCAUCUUCCAGCAGAGUUCAAGGAGCUUGCGAAGCAAGUUAUUAGUUACGCCGGUGGCCUUCCUCUAGUCAUUGAUGUCUUAGGUUCUUUUUUGGAUGAAGAAAAUUUGUUGCAAUGGGAGAGUGCAUUGGCCAGUCUCAAAGAAUGUCCAGAAGGGGAAAUUUUUAACCGGCUUAGGAUGAGUUAUGAUGGACUACGUCAGAACGAGAAGGAAAUUUUCCUAGAUAUUGCUUGUUUCUUCAAGGGGAAGAAGAAACCUUAUGUUACAGAAGUUCUAGAUAAUUGUGGCUUCUAUGCAAAUUUUGGAAUCAAUACCCUUGCUCAGAGAUCUCUUAUCAAAAUCGUGGACAACAGAUUGUGGAUGCAUGAUUUGCUCCAAGAGAUGGCUUAGAAAAUUGUUCAUCUAGAGUCUCCUCAAGAGCCAGGAAAACGAAGUCGAGUCUGGCUUUUUGAGGAUGUAUGCCAUAUUCUAUCAAAAAACUCGGUUCUCCAAGGACCGUCAAAUGUGGUUGGCGCUCUUGGAUUUCGUGAAGAAAAUUCCACUUGCAUUAUUUGUUGAAGAAUAUGGUGUCCUCGAGUAACCUCCAGGACUUCAACAAGUGUUCGAUGAUGAUUCCGAUUGAAGGUAAUCGUUACUAGAUUUGAUCAAUUGCCGGGCCUUGGGUUAGACCUAUCGAAAUCCAAAUAGACCAUGAAAACUCAUGUUAAUCCUAGCUAAAAUUCUAGAAUAUCACCAGUGGCACCAACAUUUCCAAAAUAAUCAGGGGAAUAAUUUUUGCUGGCUUUUGUGUUUCGCUGACUUACCAUAACAAAAUCUUUCUUAGAGGUUCUAGAAGAAUCAUCAAAUGCGGUCAUCUCUUUCCAGAUUCAAACCAAGCUAUUACAAGAGUAUAAUGGAUGUCACUAAGCAACAUCUUGAACCUUGCUGCUACCGUCUGUUUAUGUCCGCUCUUUUGAAAAUCAAUAUUAAUUCAAGAUGAGUGCCAUUGUUGAGAAUGUCUUGAGUUUGAGCUGAGAUACCCCAUCUGAAUAGCUUUGUAAGUUUAAUUGGUUUUCUAAAUUGAGUAGGUUUCCUAUAAUGGGUUUUAUGUACAAAUAUUACAUAUAUUAGAAAUGGAAUUCUAUUCGAUUAUUAUACAAUAAGAGGUAUGUUUGAAUUUUCUCUCUGAAUUUUCUGAAUGAGUUAUUUGUGAAAAAAAAUGUGAGAUAACAAUUAAUGGUUUGCUUUGAUUGAGCUUAAGGGCUGAAAAACACUUGAGUGGUCAAACAAUGGUAAGUUCUAUACUUUUCAGAUUCAUAGUGGAUUUAUUGGUAGUUGGCUCUUUUUGUAAAGUAUGUACUGAUAUUCAAACCGAAUUAUAUAAAUCUCUAGUGAUCUUAUUAUUCUUUAUUGAUUUUUUUGGUAA